CCAUGUUUCAUGAAAUAACUGUUGGGCCAUUACACGGCCCAUUAUAAUUACCAAAAGAAUCUCGAGGGUUUUCUAACUCAAUUGAUUAUUUCACAAAGGUAUCGUAUAAAUUAUCUUCUUCAUCAAAAUUAGGGUUUGGAGCCAGAAACGAGCAAGUAGCGGCACAUCAGUUCUCAACACUCACGAUGGCGAGGAUUAAGGUUCAUGAGCUUAGAGAUAAAUCAAAGACUGAUCUUCAGAAUCAGUUGAAGGAAUUCAAGGCUGAGCUCGCUCUCCUCCGUGUCGCUAAAGUCACCGGAGGUGCUCCUAACAAGCUCUCUAAAAUCAAGGUUGUGAGGAAAUCCAUUGCUCAGGUGUUGACAGUGAUCUCCCAGAAGCAGAAAUAUGCUUUAAGAGAGGCAUACAAGAACAAGAAGUUCUUGCCUCUUGAUCUCCGUCCCAAGAAAACACGUGCUAUCCGUAGACGUCUCACCAAGCAUCAGGCUUCGUUGAAGACAGAGCGUGAGAAGAAGAAGGAGAUGUAUUUCCCAGUGAGGAAGUAUGCUAUCAAAGUGUAGUUUCAUUCACCACCUUUAGCUUCUAGAAAUGAUUCAGCUUUUGAUUAUCAUCGGCUUAUGUAUUCUCCUCUCUUUUUGUCCAACCUUCUAUUUUAGUUUUGCUGAAGUUUUGUUAUCAAACCAUUAUUUUAUAUAUAUAUUGAACCCAGUUCUGGGUUUUGUGUUU